AUGGGAUGCACGAGUUCGAAGGAGGUCAAGCCUGGACCUAGCGGACCCUCCGCAACGGCAGGGAAGGCGAAACCAGCUAAUACGGCGUCAAAUUCGACAGCAAACACGAAUUCCGCCGCCACCGCAAAUGCAAACGCAACCAGCACGGCCAACAACACAACUACAACCCCGAACAGCGCACCAAAGGCCAGAGCUGGUGCAAACGACGCCACUAACGACACCGCCAACACGCCAGAUGAAGAGAAGGAAGUGAAGACGCUUCUGCUGGGUUCCGGAGAGUCCGGAAAGUCCACCAUCAUCAAGCAGAUGAAAAUCAUCCACCAGAAUGGCUACACAGACUCCGAGCUCUAUCUGUUCAAGAGCACCAUCUAUAAGAACCUGUUGGAUUGCGGUCGGGCUCUGCUGGCCGCCGUUGAUAAGUUUGGACUGCAGGAGGAGCUUGCUGCCGAGGUUGGCCACAGCAACAAGACAGAGGCCAUGGAGGCCAACGAUUUUGACUUUGUGGAAGACAAGGUCAAUGAGGCAGAGCACCCAGUCUACACAGGUGGUAGAGGAGGCGUGGAGCAGUUCCAGAUCAUCUUGGACACCCCCAACCCCAAUGAUAACAACACCAGCCUGAGCCCAGAGCUGGUGGAUGCUUUGGAUGCACUGUGGAAGACUGCGGUCGUGCAGGAGAAGCUUCUCAAGGGUCUGCGAAACCAGUUCUACCUGAUGGACUCGGGCCCCUACUUUUUCCACAACCUACAGCGUCUCGGAGGAGCCCAGUACAUACCCACUCAGGACGAUAUUCUGCGAGCCCGAAUAAAAACUACUGGUAUCUAUGAGACCAAAUUCCGACUGGGCUCGCAUUUGAUUCACAUGUACGAUGUGGGAGGACAACGGUCAGAACGAAAAAAAUGGAUUCACUGCUUUGAGAAUGUCACCUUGAUCAUCUUCUGUGUGGCUCUGUCCGAGUACGACCAGGUUCUGUUGGAGGAAAAGAAGGAGAACAGAAUGAACGAAUCGUUGGUUCUGUUCGACUCGAUCAUCAACUCACGUUGGUUUGUACGAACUUCUGUCGUUCUCUUCCUGAACAAGAUUGAUGUCUUCACCGAAAAACUUCCUCUUUCGCCCCUAGAGAACCAGUUCCCUGAUUACAUGGGCGGAAACGACAUCAACAAGGGUGCCAAGUACAUCUUGUGGCGUUUUACCCAAAUGAACCGGGCUGGACUCAACAUAUACCCUCAUUUGACUCAGGCCACUGACACCUCCAACAUUCGACUGGUGUUUGCUGCCAUCAAAGAGACCAUCCUGCAGAACGCUCUCCAGGACGCCGGUAUCCUGACUUGA